AGCCGACAAAAGGAAGUCACAUGACUUCCGGCGGACAUUAAGAAAAAAACAAACAAACACGGUAUGGUAAAGACCUGGCGAUGAAGCCGAGUCAACAGAGCUCAGCUGCCGUCGAUAUUACUAAGUGCAGCGUCCGGAUUAGGAGGUGAAGCAGCCGACAGCGCGGGGAAACCGAUGUUAGCCAGAAUCGCAGUGUUUCCUGCACCAUGAAUUUACGGGGACUCUUUCAGGACUUCAAUCCCAGCAAGUUCCUGAUCUAUUCUUGCCUGCUGCUCUUCUCUGUGUUGCUGUCCUUGAGGCUGGAUUUAGUCAUCCAGUGGAGCUACUGGGCUGUGUUUACGCCAAUAUGGCUGUGGAAGCUGUUGGUCAUCAUUGGGGCAUCUGUGGGCACUGGAGUCUGGGCCCACAACCCUCAGUACAGGGCUGAGGGGGAGACAUGUGUGGAGUUUAAGGCCAUGCUGAUAGCGGUGGGGCUCCACGUCCUGCUGCUGAUGUUUGAGGUGUUGGUGUGCGACCGCGUAGCGAGAGGAAACUACUUCUGGCUUCUCGUCUUCAUGCCUCUCUUCUUCGUGUCGCCCGUUUCAGUAGCAGCGUGCGUCUGGGGGUUUAGACAUGACCGCUCCCUCGAGCUGGAGGUGUUGUGUUCAGUAAAUAUUCUCCAGUUCAUCUUCAUCGCUCUGAAGCUGGACAAGAUCAUCAACUGGCCCUGGCUGGUGGUGUGUGUCCCACUGUGGAUCCUGAUGUCCUUCCUGUGCCUUGUUGUCCUCUACUACAUCAUCUGGUCAGUCCUCUUCCUCCGCUCCAUCGACAUCAUCGCCGAGCAGCGGCGAACUCACAUCACCAUGGCAAUCAGCUGGAUGACUAUCGUCGUACCACUUCUCACAUUUGAGAUCCUUCUGGUGCACAAGCUGGACGGCCACAACAGCCUGAGCUACGUGUGUGUGUUCGUCCCUCUCUGGCUCUCUCUGCUCACGCUCAUGGCCACCACCUUUGGCCAAAAGGGAGGAAACCACUGGUGGUUCGGCAUCCGAAAGGACUUCUGCCACUUUCUGCUGGAGCUCCUGCCCUUCCUGCGAGAGUACGGCAACGUGUCCUACGACCUUCAACGCAGCGAGGACCCUGAGGCGGCAGAGGAUCUCCCCGUCCCUGAGCCGCCACCAAAGAUUGCCCCCGUGUUCCACAAGAAGACCGGGGUGGUGAUCACCCAGAGCCCUGGGAAAUACUUUGUGCCGCCGCCUAAACUCUGCAUCGACAUGCCCGACUAACGGGGAGUCAGAGCAGGAGUGGCCGUGGCUGCCAAACUAAUAAAGCUUCGGAGACUGUGUUUGGUUUUUAAAUCCACUGUCCACUGAAGGAUUUUGGUCCCCUCACCUAAACUGUGCAUCAACAUACCCGGCACGGGUAACGCAUUAGGACUAAAACAGUGAUGGAUCCAAGAUCCUCACUGUUCUCAAGACUUCUGCCUUUUAAGGACAAAAUCGGUGAAGUUGCACCGUGUUGCUGACUCCCAGUUGGAUCCAUGGUGAAGAUGACUACAGACUGAGGCUCUCUUGGAUCCAAAGUGACAUGAUGCUGACACACAGGAGAACUGGAUAUGUGUGGACUUAAAAUAUUCACUCUGAACAGCUGUAGAUCUUUGCUUGUUAUGUUCAGAGGGUUCCUGAAUUUAAAAAAUAAAUAAAUAAAAGCAAAAUUUUUCUGGGUUUGUGACGUGGACCAUUGGAGAGACUCUGGCUUCAUUACGGGAUCAGUGGAACCCUGUUGUUUCUAAUCUCUUUUGACCAUUUAGGUGGAAAAACAAGGGUGUAGGGCUUAGAGGAAACGUUUAGGGUUUUUUUUGUUUUUUCUUUUUCUUUUUCAGGUCUGCCUUGGAGCAAUACUUGCAUGUCAGUGCAUUGAAACAGCUGUUGGUGUCUUUAAUCAGUGCCCGUGUCUAUAUGGACUGUGCAUUAAUCCCUUCAUAUUGCGGUGAUGGAGUUAAGAUCCACAGGGCUUAUGUGUAGGGGUGUGCACGACUAGAUGAUCCCUACUAGUUUCCCCCCCAAACAUUCAAGUUAGUAAAACCAGUGAACAGAAACCAAACUUUGGUUUCUAUUCUGUGGGUAAAACUAAUAUAUCGUACUGAUUGAUUGGUUCCACUCUGCUGGGCUGCAGCCCCAGCAGGUGAUGAAUUCUGAAGGUUUCCCCCACCCCAUCGCCAACAUCCAGGUAGAGCUAAGACAGAAUUUAUUCACAGCCAUUCUGGUUCUUUGUUUUCCAAAGUGUUCAAACACCUUUGUAAGCAUUGCUUUAAGAUGACCCUGAAAAAAAGUGUCUUUUCUUUAAAAAGAAAACUUUGGAAAUAGCACUUUGUUAACCUGUUCCAGGAGGAACCCUGUUUGACCUGUUAGUUUUUUGUAUUCCUGUUAUUUUUUAUUUUUUUUUUUGGAGGUAGGGGUAUUCUUGUUUUUUGUAAAUAACACAACUUGUCAUGUUAGGGACCAGAGGGGUGAAAAAGGGCAAAACAAACAAACAAAAAAAAAAAGA